AUGGAUACAACAGAAACAGGAAUUAUAUCAAUAUGUCUUGAUACAACGACUAAAACAGCUAAACGUCGUGAUGCUCCUCCGUUAAAUGUUUACUUGCGUAUUCGUCCGUUUAUUGGUGAUGAAAUUGAACGUGGUGAAAAUCAAAAAUUAAUUGAUAUUAUUGACGAAAAGCAUAUUGCUGUUAAACUUUAUCCAACAAUUAACAAUGCUAUUCGUACUUUACAAACAUCAUAUAAUGAAUAUGAGGUCACUCAAAUAUUCAAUCAUCAAUGUAGUCAACAGGAAUUAUUCGAACGAAUUCUUGCUCAACCUACGAAUGAAAUUUUUACUGGCUCUAACUUGCUUCUUUGUACACUUGGUCUAACAAAUAGUGGUAUGUAG